AUGUCGUCGACCAAGCAAAGGCGCAUCGAUGCGCUCCCACCCAAGGAGGACGCGCUGGAGAUGGAGGUUCUCGUCCUCGGAAUGCCCCGGACAGGAAGCAUCUCCAUGCGCCAUGCCAUGAGUAAGCUGGGCUACAAGGUCUUCCACGGGGGCGUUCUGGAGGCGGAUCCCCAGAGAUUCCCGUACUGGGAGGAAGCGCUCGUGGGGAAAUACUUCGGCGGGAAGCCCUUUGGACGGCCCGAAUUUGAAAAAGUGCUCGGCGAGUUCAACGCCUCAGUCAACUUCCCUGCGACUAUGUGGGCCGAGGAACUGCUCGAGGCAUAUCCCAAUGCGAAGGUGAUUCUCACGACGAGAGACGUGGACAAGUGGCUGUUCUCGAUGAAGCAAUCCGUCGACGCAAGCUUCAUCUGGUUCGCGAUGACGUUCAACUGGCUCGCGCCGUUCGAUCCCAUCUGGGGACCGUGGUGGCGGUUUCACAAGCUGGGGCACAAGAUCAGGCCGAUUCAGGCGCCGAGGGGAGAGAGAAUAGGGUUUUUGGAACACUAUGAGUUGAUGAAGGAGCUCGUGCCAAAAGAGAGGCUGUUGGAAUACCGGGUUGGGGAGGGAUGGGAGAGGCUUUGCACAUUCCUUGAUAAGCCGGUUCCCGCGGAGCCUUUUCCGCAUGUCAACAAUCUUGACUCGUUCCUCGCCGACAGGAACAAGCGGUGGUGGCAUGCCUUCAAUUGCAUGCUGGUCCGCGUACUCCCGCCUACGGCUGUGGUUGUGGCGGCCGUUGCGGCUGCUUGGAAGUACCGCCCUAUCCCGCUCAGCUUCUGA